UACACACAGGUGAGCUGCAGGCUAAGCUCUCCCUAUAGGAGAUUCGGACCCCAGAACCAGCGGAAAUGUCCAGACCCAAACAGGAAAGCCCCAGGCACAUUGUGGGGCUCACAUCCAGGUGCCCAGCGAUUUACCCCAAGUGGCUGACGGACCUGCUGACGACACAAUAUUCCGACCUUGUGUUGGCCGUGAAAUAUCUGCCCAUCUCCAGCGGCAGCUCAAGGCAAUGGAGAGCAGAAGUGAAGGCUUGUUCCAUUGUGAUCCUGUACCAUAGCACCAAAGAGGGGAGGAUUGGCCCCACCGGCACCAGAGGGACCAUAUAUGACAAGGAGCUUCUCUACUUGGCUCAGCAUCUAGGCCAAGAAAAAGUUAUGGUGGUGUUGGACGACAUGAAACCCAUCAGUGAAGCUGAAAAGGAGAAAACCCUGAAAAGUCUGAACAGCCUUCAGCGAUACUGCUGCCGGCUACUCCUCAUUCCCGAGAAUAGGAAAAUCACCGCAUUGCGCCAGAAAGCUCCAGAGAUAAGGAACUUCCUCGUGGGAGAACAUUGUAUCAAGAGAGCCACCUCUCCACCAAGCAGCUCAAGGCCGUCAAAGAACUCACGUCAAGCUCAUCUGUCUGGUACUCGGCCAAUCCCUAAGUCCGGAAGAAACAUGGCACCUCAGUCAGAUAUUAGACCCAGCUUUCAGUCUCGGGAGCCCUUACACCAAACAUAUCUCCGGCCAAGGCAAACUCAGCCCCCAUCUCCGACCAAAGUCCACAAAGUGGGCGUUUUCUCCCGGGCUGCAGGGAGCCAUUACCAGUGGCUGGUGAACCAGCUGAAAUCAGCCUUUGCGAAUGACGUGGGGGUUACCUUCCAUUCCGUGCCCAUAUCUAAUAAUUAUGUGGACUUCACUUCCGGGCUGGCUAAUUGCACCUUUGCCGUUCUGUACCACACACUGAAUUCUGGGCGCCUGAGUGUUACUGAUGUAACCGACUCACUGUACGACAGAGAACUGGAGGAUUUGUCUCUGCACCUAGGAAGGAACAAUGUCAUUGUGGUGCUUGAUGAUCUGACGGACAGUGGCCCAGAAGAGAAGAAGAAGAUCCUGCAGAACCAGCCCAGCAUUAAUAGACUGGCAUGGGAGCUGUUCCUCAUCAGUGAGAAAGAAAAAGGUUCCAGAGGGGGCAGUAACUCUUUCGAUAAUGUGUUGGAAUCCCAGAUUCUAAGGCUGAAACUGCAGAGAAUCGUAAACGUUAUAAAAGAGAACCAACCACGGUCUCCAGGAUAUGCAAGUUUGAAUGACAGAUUAAAACAAAGAGAAAUUCAGAGACCCACCUCGCGAGCUGGCCAAGCAGAUACAUCUGAGAGUCCAACCAACUCUAAGGCAGCCAAGAACUCACGUCAAACUCAUCAGUCAGAGAGUCAGCCCAGCUAUAAGCCUGGAAAGUACUUGGUACAUGAAUCAGAUGCUGCAUCCAGCCCUUUGCCUAGUGGGACCCCAUAUCAAUCGCCUAAACAAGAGCCUCAUAUUCAUGGGGCAAUGAGAAAGCAUCCUUCAUCUCCGACCAGGGUCCAUAAAGUGGGCAUUUUCUCCCGGGCUGCAGGGAGCCAUUACCAGUGGUUGGUGAACCAGCUGAAAUCAGCCUUUGUGAAUGACGUGGGGGUUACCUUCCAUUCUGUGCCCAUAUCUAAUAAAUAUCUGGACUUCACUUCCGGGCUGGCUAAUUGCACCUUCGCCAUUCUGUACCACACACUGAAUUCUGGGCGCCUGAACGUCACUGACGUGACCGACGCACUGUACGACAGGGAACUGGAGGAUUUAUCUUUGCACCUAGGAAGGAACAAUGUCAUUGUGGUGCUUGAUGAUCUGACGGACAGUGGCCCAGAAGAGAAGAAGAAGAUCCUACAGAACCAGCCCAGCAUUAAUAGACUGGCACGGGAGCUGUUCCUCAUCAGUGAGAAAGAAAAAGGUUCCAGAGGGGGCAGUAACUAUUCUGCUAGUGUGUUGGAAUCCCAGAUUUUAAAGUUAAAACUGGAGAGAAUCGUGCACAUUAUUAACGACAACACAGGGAUGGCGGCACCAAAGGGAACGAAUCAUAGACACCAGGAUUCAUUUCAAACUGAAUAUCAAAGACAAUUUACUGCGUCCCAACAGAGGGCUGACCACAAAGCUUCUCUGAGCCCCUCAAAGAGCGAUGAGGGAAAACCAACCUCGAAUGGGGUUUCUAGCAUAUGGGAGACAAAGGAGAACAUUUAUUAUGAUACGGAUUCCAAAACAGAAUUAGGUAAAUCCCGUAACAAAGGCCCAACUCUACCUAGAAGUGAAGAACAUGUGAAGGAGAACAUUGGAUUCACCGGUGCUCCUACGAGCUCAAGGGAUCCACAAAAUCCUUCCAGAAGAAGUAAUGAGGACACAUUAGGUUCUUCACCAUCCAGAACACCAGCAAGCCAUAAAUAUGACUCUUCAGCUUCAUACGGCAAGAGUCCCAAAGCAACUGAUCAUGAUCAGCAGAGGCCCUUGUCGUCUUUGUCUAAAAAGGCCCAGCAGAGGUCUGAAUCGGCAAAGAACCAUCACAAAACUGAAGCUCCAACAUCUCCACAUUCACUGGGUCAAAUGCAGAGCUCUCACCUGGUUGAUCUAAUGGACAAUCUAUUCCAACAACAACAUGAUAUGAUUUUAGAUUAUUAUAAGUCACAGUUGCUGAUAUAUGAGAAGGUCAUAAAGGCUUGGCAUGGACUUCGCCAACAGAUCAAUGAAAAGGACAACAAACUGACUGAGUGUCAGCACAUUAUCCAUAAACAGGAACUGACAAUAUGCAAACAGGAAAAUAUGAUUCGCCAGCUGAUGGACACGCACCCAUUGUAUCGUCAGAAUCGUAAAUAAGACGAGAGAAACGAGUAAAAAGUCAAUCGGUUGAAGUUCAUUAAUGGCUGAGAUUAUAGUAAUGGUUUGGAUUGAGCAUCUCAAACAGAGAACCUACGUAUUUGGUUAGAUGCUCCAUUACUUGACCAUUUUUACUCUCAGGCACAGAUUAUUCAAAGCUUUUUGUAAAUCACCGUUAUUCCUGUUGGAGAAUGAUUUUCUUUUCUGGAAAAGGGGAAAUCUGCCAUCAAAUAUCAGGGCUGUUCUAAUGUGGCUGAAUUGUUAAAGAAUAAUUCGUAUUUCCUACUGGUUGUAUAUAAUUGUUACUCAGGGUUAGAAAAAUCUAAGCUAUUUUGAAAGUUGUCUAUAAAUGUCUCCUAUACAGGGGUAAUGUAUUUACAUCUUUGGGAAGUAAUAAAUCUUAUACAAUAGGUCAAUAUAUUAACUAGAUUUAACGUAUAAGAUUUUAAAACGAGAAGUUUUUUGGAUAUUCACUCUUUAUACUAGAUUACCCAGCGGAAUGAAUUCAGAUUUUAAUGUUUCUUGUUAUUCUCACUAAAUUUUCAAUUCAACGAUGAAUACAACUCUUUUCCGGUGCAUUCAUAGGUCCUUCUUUUGAGAGUAUUUGUACAUUUCUUCAUAUUUAUCUAAAUGCAUAUAUACUUUUUAUAUUUAUCUAAAUGCAUUUUCUUCAUGCCCUUCCUCUUACAUAAGUGCUGUUCCUUUGAUUUUCUUAAGGAUGUAUAGUCCCCUCCCUUUCUUUUCUUCUAUCGGUCCUCAGCCUUUUAAAUACUGAUGUUGUUGUAUGUACAUUUUAGACAAUGAUUAAGUGUCAAAUGGACACAAAACGCGUUGGGCUUUUUGAGAUGAGUGUAUAAUA